AUGAAGAUUUCUCCAACACCUGUCACGUGGUUGAAGCUCGGUUCCAUAAACACCAUGGUGAUCCAAUCAGCUCAGGCUGCCGUAGAGUUCUUCAAGGGCCACGACUUGGCAUUCGCGGACCGCAAGUGUCCCCAUGCAUUGAAGGCUCUCGGCUACGACCAAGGCUCGCUCGCCGUGGGUCGUUACAGCGGCUCGGCGCGUUCUCGACGUCUCUGCUCUGCAGAGCUCCUCGUGACCAAGCGCAUCAACGAGACGGCCCAUCUCAGGCAGAAGUGCGUUGACAGCGUGAUCGUGUAUUUAGAGGAAGAAAUGGCGGAAAUGUUUUUCGCCGGAUCGGAGACUACAAGUAGCACCAUCGAGUGGGCGAUGACGGAGCUACUCCGCCAACCCGAGUCAAUGAAAAAGGCCAAAUAUAAGAUUGACCAGGAAACCAAAUUCAUGGGUUUUGAUAUACCCAAAGAUACCCAGGUUUUCGUGAAUGGAUGGAGCAUUGGAAGAGACCCCGAUGCUUGGGAGGACCGAUUGGCAUUCAAACCAGAGAGGUUCAUGGGAUCUAAAAUUGACUACAAGGGUCAAAACUUUGAGCUAAUUCCAUUUGGAUCAGGCAGAAGAAUAUGCGUCGGACUUUCAUUGGCGGAUAGGGUGCUUCAUCUUGGUCUUGCAACACUGCUUUACCAUUUCGAUUGGGAGCUAGGCGAUGGUUCAACUCCAAAGACCCUCGACAUGAAAGAGCGGGUGGGAAUAAUACUAAGAAAGCUACAUCCUUUGAAAGUGAUACCUAAAAACGUAGCGUGUGAGGUAUAA